CGACUCCCACAAUAAAGUAUUAGGGAGCUAGCUCCGUUUCAGUUCCCCGGUGAAUAGUAGUACACAGAAAAAAAAAAAAAACUGAUAGAUAAUUGAGGGCCGACCCCGACGAAAGUAGGGGAAAGCAAAGCGGGAUGCUUUGGGCUGCCCUCUCUGGAGUUAGGUCUGAUUGAUUACUGUACGACUUUCUUUUGUAUUCCGAAACAAAGAUCUCCAUCUCCAUCUCCACUUGUGCUCAGCAACAUCACCUGCGCUUCAGCUCAGCUCAGCUCGCUGGUUGAUCUAGUGGUUUUAUGCUGCAAUUACCGCGUAAUCUAAUCUAUGUUUCUCAAUUAGAAGGAAUUGGGAUUGAAACCUGGUCAUCUUCAGCUGCUGCUGCUCAUCUAUCCCUACCUACCAAGAGUUUUUAUCCUGCUUGCUUUCUUUGCAUGUGUCUUUUUCUGGGUGGGGGUCUCCUUUUGCAAUUCAAUGCAAUAUCAACCGUAACACAAAGCAAAAGAGGAGAAAAGAAAGAUAGAAAGAAAUAAUAUGCAGAAGAGUGGGAUUAUUUCCAAUUCCAAGAAUAAUUUGAGAGUGACGACGCCUCAGCAGUCUCUUCGGCGACUGGGAUUGUGCUCCCAAAUAGCUACUGCUACUGGGGGCCAGCACUCCCCGAUUGUCUUCCCUGAGAAACAGAAACGGCACAAGAUCAAGGCAGCUUCCAAGACUCCACCUACCCCUACCCCUGCUGAUGAUCCCAACAUAGUUAAGGCCUUAGACCACAGGAUUGACAUUCCGGCUUCUGCUGCUGGAGAUGAGAAGUCUGAUUUGUUGGGUUAUGCCGUCUUUUCCGGGAAAUUAGUUUUGGACAAAAGAAAAACCAGCAGUAUAAACACUACUUCUACUGAUGCUCAACAACAACAAACCUCCUCUUCUUCUAAUGAUAUUACCAACCAGGAAGCUGUUGAUGCUAAGCUUACCAGCAGGGCUUUAAUUUGGGGUUCUCACAUGCUGCAUCUUGACGAUGUUAUCUCAGUUUCAUACAAUGUUGGUCUCAGACAUUUCACCGUGCAUUCUUAUCCCUUGAAAAAAGGUUCCUGUGGCCUUUCUUGUUUUAUGAAACCUCGAAGAAGCCGGAAGGACUUUCGAUUCUUGGCUUCUAGCAUAGAAGAGGCAGUUCAGUGGGUUGGCGGGUUUGCGGAUCAGCAGUGCUAUGUGAAUUGCUUGCCUCAUCCGUUGCUAUCUUCUAAGAAGCAGGCUUCUUCAGAAUUACUUCCAAUUGAUACUCCUCCUGAAUUAAUUUUCAAAUGCAAGAGUCCCCCAAAAAUGCUUGUCAUAUUAAAUCCACGAUCUGGACGUGGCCGUUCAAGUAAGGUUUUUCACGCUGUCGUUGAACCUAUAUUUAAGCUUGCAGGUUUCAAACUGGAGGUAGUCAAAACAACAUCUGCAGGUCAUGCUAGGAAACUUGCCUCAAGUGUUGACAUCAGCACUUGUCCUGAUGGAAUCAUUUGUGUUGGGGGCGACGGAAUUAUUAAUGAGGUUCUAAAUGGUUUACUUAGUAGAGACAACCAAAAAGAAGGAAUUUCCAUACCAAUUGGAAUUGUACCCGCUGGUUCUGAUAAUUCAUUAGUUUGGACUGUUCUUGGAGUUAGAGAUCCAGUUUCUGCGGCAAUAGCCAUUGUCAAGGGGGGUCUUACUGCUACAGAUGUUUUUGCUGUUGAGUGGAUUCAGACUGGUGUCAUUCACUUUGGGAUGACAGUCUCAUAUUAUGGUUUUGUGAGUGAUGUGUUGGAGCUCUCUGAGAAAUAUCAAAAGCGCUUUGGUCCUCUGCGUUAUUUUGUUGCUGGCUUUCUCAAAUUCUUAUGCCUACCAAAGUACAGCUAUGAAGUUGAGUAUCUUCCAGCAUUAAACGAGGAUCUGGAAGGAAAACUCUCAGCUGAAAGGGAAGUAGUUGACAUGUCGGAACUAUACACAGACAUUAUGAGGAGAUCAAACACAGAUGGGAUUCCAAGAGCCUCGAGUUUAUCUAGUAUCGAUUCCAUUAUGACUCCUACUCGAAUGUCUGGAGACUUGGAUGCAACCUGCAGUAGCAAUCAUGCUACCAUUGAACCAUCUGAGUACGUGCGUGGCCUAGAUCCUAAAUCAAAACGACUUUCAAUGGGAAGGAACAAUAUAACUGCAGAGCCAGAAGUUAUUCAUCCACAGCCACCUCUGUCAUCAACUCCAAAUUGGCCAAGGACCCGCUCUAAGUCGAGGACAGAUAAAGGAUGGACUGGAUUGACAGCCACACAUGAUGCCUCCAGAUCUUCUUGGGGCAAUGCUGGAACAAAUGAUAGAGAGGAUAUAUCAUCCACUCUGUCCGAUCCGGGUCCAAUUUGGGAUGCUGAACCCAAGUGGGACACCGAACCUAAUUGGGAUGUGGAAAAUCCUAUUGAAUUGCCGGGGCCAUCAGAUGAUGUGGAAGCAGGAAGAAAGGAAGUUGUUCCUAGGUAUGAAGAUAAAUGGGUUGUUACAAAGGGUCAGUUUCUUGGUAUUCUGGUUUGCAAUCAUGCUUGCAGAACUGUUCAGAGUUCCCAAGUAGUGGCACCAAAAGCUGAGCAUGAUGACAACACCUUGGAUAUGCUCCUAGUUCAUGGAAGUGGGCGGUUAAGGCUAUUGAGAUUUUUCAUGUUGCUGCAGAUGGGUAGACACCUUUCACUGCCAUAUGUGGAAAAUGUCAAGGUGAAGUCAGUGAAGAUUAAGGCAUCAGGAAAGCACGGCCAUAAUGGUUGUGGUAUUGAUGGAGAGCUUUUUCCACUUAAUGGACAAGUGAUUUCUUCUUUGCUUCCAGAACAGUGCAGACUUAUCGGUCGCUCCCUUAGCCAUCAAGUCUAAGUCUGACUAUCAUACCAUACCAUGUAUCUUCUUUUGCACCUCCCUCUAUUGGAUUGGAUGCUAGCUAGGGCAUCUUUCCUAUUCACGUACCGAAUAUGCAAGAUUAUCUAUCCAUAUACCAACUAGAAAACCUUCUUCUGCACUAUUUUCUUCUGUUUGACCCUUAGCCCUUGUACCCACCCCACCUUAUUAUAACAGAUGAAGCGCCUGUAAAUUUUUUUGUUUGGCAAUGUUUGUUUAUCUGUUGUUGUUUAUUGGUUUUUCUUUCUUAUUUCAUUUUCGGAUGGAUCAUGAUCAUGUAACCUUGCCCCUUGUUUGCUAUCUGGUGCGAGCUGCUUGUGUAUUUACGAUUCGGGUACUCCAUUUUUCUGUGACCAGUCAAUAUUUGUUUUCUUUUGUAA